AUGAGUUAUCAACAAGCUCAGGAAAUGUAUCACGACAAUUCUCAGGCGCGUUCCCCUGGUUCCCAGCGUCACCAGCAGCCUCUGCACCGCCAGCCGUCGCGACAAUUUGACGCCUACGGUCCCAUGCCAGUCAACCUGUAUGAAGACUCGAUGGCUCGCUACGACUCUGGCCGGUUGGAGCGCCUGAACUCUUCGUUGCAUAACAAUUCCUAUGCCUAUGAUCUGGCCGGCUCGCAGACUUGGAACCCCAAUGGCUUUGCCAACGCCCAAGCACUGGGGGGCAUCCGAUCGGCCUCAGCCAGCUUGAAGACCACCUCGCGCACCGGUCGAGCUGGCUUGCCAACCACAUGGCUUGAUCAGCAGCCUGGCAUCCCAAGUGGCUUCUCGAACCUUGGCCCCGGUCCUCUCCAGGGCAACGCGAUGCGGCAGGAACCGACCGGUCCUUCAGAGGCAGACGAUGAGCUGAUUCCGACCGCCAUCGUCAUCAAGAACAUUCCAUUUGCAGUCAAGAAAGAGCAGUUGGUUCAGCUCAUGACAGAGCUCAACCUGCCACUUCCCUACGCUUUCAAUUAUCACUUCGAUAACGGUGUCUUCCGGGGUCUGGCCUUCGCCAAUUUCACCUCCGCAGAAGAAACUGCGACCGUCAUCGAGGUCCUGAACCAUUUCGAGCUGCAGGGUCGGAAAUUGCGGGUCGAGUACAAGAAAAUGCUUCCGCUGCAGGAGCGCGAGCGGAUCGAGCGAGAGAAGCGCGAGCGACGAGGCCAGCUGGAAGAGCAGCACCGUCCUAUGGCGACUUCGCAGCUGCAAACCCAGAGCUCUAUGUCCUCUCUCACCUCCCACCUGCCCGCAACCUCUCCGUCCCCCGUCUCGCAGCGGGGCCAAAAGCUAGAUGUCGACUUGAAUGAUAGCACGACGCUGUCGUACUACUCGCAAUUGCUUUUGUUCAAAGAGGAUACUGCUCGCGACUCCGUAGUGUUCCCCUCCAACCUCUCGCCUAUCCAGCGCCGUACCGUCCAUACUCUCGCUCACAAUAUGGGUCUUGGACAUGCAUCCCGUGGGUCGGGAGAGCAGCGACAGGUUCAAGUCUUCAAGGUCCCUCCUGGUACCAAUGUGAGCCCGCCAUUGUCGUCUAUUCCUGCCCCAGUCCAGCCAGUCGAAACGGCGCGUCGGGGACUGAACCGCGCGGCCACCAUUGAUUUCAGUGAGUCUCGGGGCGACGGACCCACCCCUUUCAACACCCUGCGCGGACAGCCUUCGGGCUUCCUUGGAGUCUUGGACUCUCCCGGCAAUUUCGGGAACACACAGAACCUGCGGGCGGCGAAAUCGUUUGCCGACUUGCGCUCCUACACCCCCUCGCCCGUGCCUUCUUCUGCCAGCUUUCCCGCCGCGCUGCAGUCCAACGGCGCGCGCCUCCAGCACUAUGACGGCACCGCCAGCGGCGCGUCCAACACACCUACCUUGACGUCCGCCCCGUCCGGAUCCUCCCUCGGCAUGCAGCGUGACGACAGCCUGUUGGUGAACAGCCUGAGCAGUCUUUCUUUGGGAACUGGGAUUGGGGGGCCUAACGCGAGCCCGCGCAGAUUGAGGGGUAUGUUUUCUUGGGAGCAGCCGGAGAGUCAACCCUCCAGCGCUGGUCCCAUUGGUAGUAACCGAUCCAUCGGAGUUGGAUUUGACGGACAGUCACAGGAGCGCAUGCCCAUUAGACAACCGCGAGGCCCGAUGCCCGAGAAAGGUCCAGGAUUUCGACGCCCGACCGGACACCAAACGCGUGGAAGUGACGAGUUGCGCACCAGCUCCGGAGUGGAAAUUAUUGUGGAGUAA